AUGCCGGCCGGCGAGCUGAGGACCGGGGAGAUCGUGAGGGACGCCUUUAGACGCGGGAAGCAGGUCUUUGUGCCAUACAUCUACAAGCUCGGAGGCAGUGCUGAAACGAAGCCGUCGUCGAUCAUGGAAAUGCUGGCCCUGCGCUCGCUCGAGGAUUACGAGUCUCUACAGCCAGACGGGUGGGGGAUUCCUACGCUUGACGCCAGCUCGGUGGCCGGCAGGGAGAACUGUCUGGGCGGGAACGGGCUACGGGGUGAAGACGGCGCCUUGAAAGGUGGUGAUGGUGACGACUGUGGCUUGGAUUUCAUUGUCGUGCCGGGCAUGGCCUUUGACCAUGGCAGACGCAGACUGGGACAUGGAAAGGGGUAUUAUGACCGUUUUAUCAACAGAUAUCGCAGUAACGUGGGCAAAGGGCAGAUGCCAUAUCUCGCCGCUUUCUGUCUGGCCGAGCAGGUCCUUCAGCCUCCAGAAGAGGUGCCCGUGGGAGAGUACGACAACCUCGUCGACAGCCUGGUCCGAGACAUUGUCGCCUUUGAGAAGGAUUUGGCCUGUCCCGUACCAUUAAAUCUCCCUACCAAGCUGUCUCCUGGACUCUUCCUCCGUCUUCGUAGCCAACUUGACCUCGACCGCGUCGUCCACCACGAGGUUCAUGAACUCGUCAAAGCCCUAGUAAACCGUCAGCUCCAGCUCCAGCUCCAGCUCCAGAGUAGACCACCAGGCGUAGAGCCGUCUGCGUACCCGUAUCUUCCCUUCUAUGCGCACUGCCAAUUGCUCGUACAGCCAUAUCGAGACCGUCGUCCGCUGCUGCAGGAGCUUGAAGAUGAAAUGGAUCGGAGCCAGCAGCGUCUUCGCGCCGCCUCGCUGUCCUCGGCCGGUCAUGGUCUCGUCUUUGUCUUCGUCCUUUUCUCUUCUACCGUCUCUCUAUCCUCUUUCACUGUCGUGGUGAAGCUGCUGUCGGCCGUCAAAAAAGUGUCGAAAACUUCGCUGGUGAGCAAAGAGAGAGAGAGAAAACAACCAAGUGGGUUUUCCCUCCAUCAAACCAAAAAAAAAGUGAAAAAACAAUAA